AUGGGAUUACUAAGAUUUUGGCCCAAAAUUAAUUCACCAAAGGAAAUCAUGUUUCUAAAUGAAAUUGAGGACAUUUUUGAGACAAUUGAGCCUUCCGAAUUUGUCAAAAUUCAAGUUCCAUUAUUCGUUCAAUUAUCAAAAUGUAUCUCUUCCCCCCAUUUUCAAAUCGCUGAAAAAGUCUUAUGCUACUGGAAUAAUAAUUACUUUAUAAAUUUGGUAACAGAAAAUGCUGAAACUAUAUUGCCCAUCAUUUUCACUUCCUUAUAUGAAUUAUCAACUCAAGGCGAAUCAUCAAAACCUUAUGCAGAUAGCAUGACUAAUCCAAAUGAUCCAAAUAAUAUUCAAAAUUCUAACCAUGAUGGUGUAAUAAACAUGUUUAAUGAUUUCUAUUCUCAAGACCAAGAUUAUAACGGCUAUAAUAAUGGCGCUGGUAAUAAUUGGAAUACAACUAUAAGCUCAUUAGCAUUUAACGCAUUGAAAAUAUUUAUGGAAGCAAAUCAAAUCUUAUAUGAAGAAUGUAGCCUAUUAUAUUUUCAAAAUGUUAAUGAAAAUAAAAAAAUAAAAUUAAUAAGAGAACAAAAUUGGAAAGCAUUAGAAGAAUAUGUAUCAAAAGUUAAAAACUCAAAAAACUAUAAUAAUAAUAAUAAUAAUAAUAAUAAUAAUAAUAAUAAUAAUAAUAAUAAUAAUAAUAAUAAUAAUAAUAGUAAUAAUAAUAAUAAUAAUAUCCCAAUUUUAAGCCGUAAAGAAAACGAAAGAUAUUUGGAACCAAUUGAAGAUGAUGAAAACCAAUUUAAUAAAAAUUCAAGUUCUUCAAAUUAA